AUGGCUUCAACAUCUCCCAUCAAUGGCGUCAAGAUUAGUGGCGAAUCAGACCCCACAAAGAUUAUCAAGGUCUUGGCCAACGAGGGCAAGUCCGGAGAACCUCAGGAGCUCGCCUACACCAACUGUAAGGUCAUCGGAAACGGAUCUUUCGGCGUGGUUUUCCAGGCAAAGCUGGUCAGCAACCAAGAGGAUGCCGCCAUCAAAAAGGUGCUCCAGGACAAGCGCUUCAAGAACCGCGAGCUUCAGAUCAUGAGACUUGUUUCGCACCCAAACAUUGUCGACCUCAAAGCCUUUUUCUAUUCCAACGGAGAAAAGAAGGAUGAAGUGUUCCUUAAUCUUGUGCUCGAGUACAUCCCAGAGACGGUCUAUCGCGCUUCACGCCACUACUCGAAGAUCAAGCAGACGAUGCCGAUGCUGCAGAUCAAGCUGUACAUGUAUCAGUUGUUCAGGAGUUUGGCGUACAUCCAUGCUCUCGGAAUUUGCCACCGCGAUAUCAAACCCCAAAACUUGCUUCUCAACCCCACGACCGGCAUUCUGAAGUUGUGCGAUUUCGGAAGUGCCAAGAUUUUGGUCGCCGGAGAGCCGAACGUCUCGUACAUCUGUUCGCGCUACUAUCGCGCCCCAGAGCUUAUCUUUGGUGCAACCAACUACAUGACCAACAUCGACGUUUGGUCAACGGGAUGCGUGAUGGCCGAGUUGAUGCUUGGACAACCCCUCUUCCCCGGCGAGAGUGGAAUUGAUCAACUGGUUGAGAUUAUCAAAGUGCUGGGAACACCAACAAGGGAACAGAUCAAGACGAUGAACCCAAACUACAUGGAGCACAAGUUCCCUCAGAUCAAGCCUCACCCCUUCAACAAGAUCUUCCGCUCCCGGACACCCCCAGAGGCAUUGGAACUCAUCUCGCGUCUCUUGGAAUACACACCCUCGCGUAGAUUCACACCUAUUGAGGCCAUGAUUCACCCAUUCUUUGAUGAGCUCAGGAACCCAGAGACGAGACUACCCAAUGGCAAGGAGCUUCCACCCCUCUUCAACUUUACUAGCCUCGAACUAUCGAUUCGCCCAGACCUUAUUCCUAUGCUUGUUCCUCGCCACGCCGAGGCUGAACUCAAGUCUUGUGGCAUUGACGUUCACAACUUUGUACCAGUGCCCCCAAGCGCGACUCGAAUUUCCCUGGAUUAA